AUGGAUCAUCAACCGGCCAUGACUUGGCCGGAGCAGAUCCACGAGAAUCAGCUUAUCACGGCCCCCGGCGAAGAUGAAUUCUCCAACUUCCUCGAGUUCAAUAUGCAAUUUACCGACCUCGACGGGCACGGACCAGCACAGCAGCAGUUGCAGGACCAGCAACAUUCCAUAGUGCCUCCUACUACGACAGGCCCCGACCAGUCCAUGGCUUCAGAUCCCCGGUCGCAUCAGUUCACAAGCCCAAUGGAAGGUCUCGCAAUGGACUUUAACGGCCACGGCGCCAUGCAGGCCUCUAUGCAAUCCCAGCCGGGUCCUAUCCCGUACUCCACGCCCACCAUGACUCCCGGUUUCUGCGCCCAGGACACAUCGCAUCAACAGCAGCACGCAAUGUCGCAACAGGGUCCCUCGGCUCAACAUUAUCUGCAACAAGGCCAACAGAUGAUUCCUCCCACUCCCAACAGUAUGGAGCUGCACGGCAAUGCUCCCCGGUACCCGCAGCGCGUGGAUGACCACUCUGAUAUGUACGAUCGCUACUCGCGCAUCAACGAGGAACAGGCCUUGUACACUCCCCUGGUGUCCCCCGCCAUGACUCCCUUGGAAAACCAAUUCCGACUCCCUGAAUACACCAUCCCCGGCGAAUACUUCACUCCUCUGACGUCGCCCGCGCUGGAAGCGCAAAAUGCUCACACCUCUAGUAAUGGCUACCAAUUCCAUGCGCGCCAGGUCUCGGAUGUGGGCUUCGUCCCCACUACUGCGGAGGUCAACCCUCUUCCCGGAACAUCUGCUCCACCUUCUCCCAGCAUCAUCCGCAAGACCCGCCGGCGACCUUCAGCUGCUUCCUCUCGACUUGCCGGGCGCGCGACUAAAGCCCGCCAGUCUCCUCAUAUCCGUGCACAGACGACGCAGACGCAGCGCACUCGGGGCAAACAACAUGCACCCAGCUCGGAGGAUCUCUACAAUCGCAUGGCCCAGGAGCUGAACAAACCGCCAAACCAUGAUGUGCGCUCCCUCCAGGAAAGUAGUAACGAGGGAUCUGGUCAGGACUCCGUCUCCCCCGAACCCUUGCCCGACUCAUUGAUGCCACCACCCGCCGUUCCUCCACCUCGCAAGUCCCCCGCCAUUCUCCCCCACCAGUCCUCUCAGCAAUUGCCGGGCACGGCAGCCACGCCGGCUACGCUCAUGCGCAUUCAGCGAUCUCAACAUACGCAAGAGCCUUCGGAUCAGUUAAUGGGUCAGGCCCAGUUGGAGAUUCCAGACGAGAUGAUGGAGGAUAUUUCUCUCCCAGAGGCAGCCCAGCCAGCUCUGCAGCCACGCCCUAAGAUUAACCGGAUCGAUACGAGUGCACACAGCACUGCCAGCCCAGUCAUCUCAGCCCAUGGGACCCCAUUGAUCGAGCCCCGAUCUACCCCGGCGGCCGACCGUACACCCAUGUCGAUUGCACCCAGUCCACGCACCAUGGCGAUGCCCUCACCGAGUGGGCCGGUGCCCAAGAGGUCUGAUCCAUCUCGGGCGUCGAUAUCUAGUCGGAAGCGACCUAGUGUCAGCUCCACACAUGCCAGCCCGCUGUUGCGUCCGAAGAUUAGUCCAAGCAUUCAACCUUUGAUGCGAGGUAGUGACAGUUUGUCUCAAGACGCGCUCUACCUAGCUUCCAAGUCCAACUAUCAGCACAUUCUGGACGGCACUCUGCCCUCAGGAGUCUCCUACCCUGAGACACUCGCUGAGAAUCUGAGCUCCAAGCGAACCAACCACAAGCUUGCAGAGCAGGGACGCCGGAAUCGCAUUAACAAUGCUCUGAAGGAGAUCGAGUCUCUCAUUCCACCCGAGUUUAUUCAGAUUCGACAAGCUAAAGAGGCUGCUGCAUCCGGUGCCAAGCCAGGCGACAAGGAGAAGGAGAAGCCGGCGAACCAGGCCAUUAGCAAGGCCAGCGCUGUGGAGAUGGCUAUUGACUACAUCAAGGCCUUGAAAAAGACCCUCGACGAGACUGCAUCAAAAUUGGCCGAUGCCGAGGCCAAGCUUGCCGGUGUUAAUCUCAACGACACGCCGACCAGCUCCUCACCUACAGGUGCGGUGGCCGACAAAACGUCACCCACGACCACCGACACUGCCACCACUAUCACCACCAAUGGCACGGGUCCAGACUCCUCAAACAAGAGUCCAUCAUGA